UCAAUAUUGAAGAUGUCGCUCGGGUGCUAUAAAUGAUAAUGCAACGCAAUUUCACAACAUUCAGUGAAAUAUUGAAAUUGUUAAACAACAGCAACAGCAGUCGAAUAUUCUCGAGCUAAUUGCAUUUCUUGGUGCAAUUCACGCGUGUCAUUACUCAUUUUUUGUACACAUUUCAAUCAAGUAUCAUCUCAUUUCAUUACCCUGUUGGUGUACAUUCGAGCAAAACGCGGUUUUGUUUAUAUACAUACGUGAAAAUGUGGCGAGAAAUUCAACAAGCAAAAGACGAGAAUAAGCGAGAGAUUAAGCUGGCUGGUGCUGAGAUCAGUGAACGAAUCGAAAAAGAUGGCAUUGACAUCAGUCUCUUUGCAUUGGACGCAUUGAAUUUGCUCAACAUCAGUGAUACAUCACUGAAAGUACUGCCGCUUGAGAUAUCUAACCUCAUCAAUUUGCAAACGUUGUUGUUGUACGGCAAUGAAAUUGCUACAAUACCCGAUUCGAUUGAUCGCCUGGAAAAAUUGAAAGUUUUGGAUUUGUCGCGAAAUAAAUUGGAAAAUGUGCCGCAUACAAUUACGAAAUUGCACAAUUUGACGACAAUCAACAUCUCAAACAAUCAACUCACGGCAUUUCCAGCGCUGAACAAUUUCACAAAACUGUCCGUGAUUGAUUUGUCAGGCAAUCAGCUCACCGAAUUCCCAGACAUCUACUCCAGUGACAAUAACAACUUGUCGGAGAUUUACUUGAAGGAAAAUUCCAUCGAAUCUAUUCCGCAUGUCAUCGAUCAAUUGGUUUCACUGAAGCAUUUUUCAAUGGCCAAAAAUAAGGUCAAUAAAAUUCCGAAAAGUUUGGCUAAUAUCACCAAAUUGAAAGAUCUCGAUCUAUCAGAGAAUCCGGUGGCCGAUAAGCGAUUGUUGAAGUUGAUUCAGCAGUGUCGAACGAAACAGGUGCUUGACUAUGUCAAGCAACACGGCGAAGAUGCACCAAAAUCCAGUGAAAAUGACUCUUCUUCGGGCCAAAACAAGAAGCAGGGCAAGAAUAAGAAGUCGAAAAAGAGCGAAAGUUCGGAUGAACCAAAGCACAAACUCAGUGUGAAACGUCAUAAUGAUGACACAAUCAAGGUUAUUUUUGACGAUGCAGUCAAAGAUGUUCGCCAGUUCAUAUUGUGUUGCAUCGUAGAGAAUGUGAACUUGAACAAUGGCAAGUUCCGUGAAUUUUUGCAAAUUCAAACCAAGCUUCAUGAGACCGUUUGUGGCAAACGUGAAAAGUCCACCAUUGCAACUCAUGACUUGCAGAAAUUGCCACGUCCAUUGGCAGCUACAGACCAAUACAUCGUUCAUUAUACAGCAAAAGAUGCGAAAAGCUUAAAAAUUCAGCCAUUAAACAAAAACAAAGUGGUUACAGCACAAUCGCUGUAUAACGAGUUGAAGGCUGAGGCCGAAGCAAUUCGAAAGCAGAAGCAGCGCAACACAUAUUCGGGCAUUCACAAGUAUUUGAAACUAUUGGAAAAUAAAACACAAUUUUCGUGCGUUGAAGAUGGACUCGGAAAUGUCAUUAGCCUGCCGCCAUUGACAAAUGGUGAAACUACCAAAAUUUCACCCGAAAGUACCCAAAUCUUCAUCGAGAUAACGAGCCAUUCAGCGAUGGCCGAUUGCGUGGACACAAUGGAAGCAUUGCUCAAAGCAAUGCUAUUGGCCGGACUUGGUGCUAGUCAAAAUGAUUCAUGCGAUACCACGAGCAAAACGCUCGACAUUCGCCAGGUCAAGGUAACCGACGCCGAAGGCAACUUACGUCGAGUAUACCCAGCCAAAAGUGAUCUGGUAAUCGAUGAAAGUGAAAAUAUCGGCGUUGAACGCGAAUAAAAACGGCACUACAAUCUAAUCAUUUAAUCAUUUCAAUAAUAUAUUUUUACUUAUAAAAAAUAUUCAAGUUUUUUCUAACAUACAAUGUUUAUUGAAUAAAAAAAUGUUUAUCUCUUUUUGAACCGAA